AUGUCUAGUUGCAUCUCCAAUAAAAUAUUACCUUUUUUCUUUUUCUCUUUUUUUUCUUUUUCUCUUUUUUUUCUUUUUCUCUUUUUUCUUUUUCUCUUUUUUCUUUUUCCUUUUCUCUUUUUUCUUUUUCUUUUCUUUUUCUUUUUUCUUUUUCUCUUUUUCUUUUUCUCUUUUUUCUUUUUCUUUUUCUCUUUUUUCUUUUUUUUUUCUCUUUUUUCUUUUUUCUUUUUCUCUUUUUUUUUUUUUUUCUUUUUUCUUUUUCUUUUUUUCUUUUCUCUUUUUUCUUUCUCUUUUUCUUUUUCUCUUUUUUCUUUUUCUCUUUUUUUUUUUUUUUUUUUUUUUUUCUUUUUUCUUUUUCUCUUUUUUCUUUUUCUUUUUUUUUCUCUUUUUCUCUUUUUCUCUUUUUUCUUUUUUUUUUUCUCUUUUUUCUUUUUCUCUUUUUCUUUUUUCUUUUUCUCUUUUUUCUUUUUUUCUUUUUUCUUUUUCUCUUUUUUCUUUUUCUUUUUUUCUUUUUUCUUUUUCUCGUUUUUCUUUUUCUCGUUUUUCUUUUUUCUCGUUUUUCUUUUCUGUUUUUCUUUUUUCUCUUUUUUUCUUUUCUUUUUUUUUUUUUUUUCUUUUUCUCUUUUUUCUUUUUCUUUUUUCUUUUUUCUUUUUCUCUUUUUCUUUUUUUUUUCUUUUUCUCUUUUUUCUUUUUCUCCGGAUCGAUGCGUGACAUGGAACAGUCAACAAAUCGAGAUUCGGACGAUUGACGGGUGUCCGGGCCUGUUGUGGUGUCGGGACUGUGUCAGUCCUAACAGACGGAGGGAGUCAUGCCAAAGUCGACGUCUUGGUGGCACGUCAAAGGCCCUCGGUGCGACCUGCUACUUGGGAUUGAUGCGAUCCGGCGUUAGGAGGCAUGAUGAUCACGCCAGCGGAAAUGUGGAACUGGUUGAUAAUGAAAGUUCUCUCUCCCACCUCCCGUCAGUUCUUCAUUUUGCUUUUUUCCCCUCUCUUAGUUCUCUCAUCCUUAAUGCUUGCAUACUUUUCUUCUUCCUCUUUCUAUAUUUUUGUUGUACAGAAGAAUUCAGCCCUUUGCUUUGUCUCUCUCUCUUUCUUUCUCUCUCUCUUGAUUGUCAGCUGUUGCUGUUCCAUCACAGAACCGCCGAUAGCAAUCAGCAGAUUCCCGUGCCACUCAUGAAAACUUGGGUUGGAGAAGUGGGUGUAGGUGUAACCAAAAUCUCCUCACUCCUUUUCCUUCUCUCAGGCUGCAUCAUCUCCUCACUUAUUCUUUGCCUCAUCAUUGAACAUGAUGCUGGCGGCUGCUCCUCUUCACAAAGACUUGCAUCACUGCAUUCUGUCUCUGCUAUUGGCUGCUUCUAA